GGCGGAUAUACUUGCUGCAUAUGCAAUGUGGAUGACCAUGGCAUACUUAACAGAUGCAUGGAAGCUCAGUCCCACCCACGCGGCUGGAAUUCUCAAUAUUUUCUGGGGCAUGGUGGCCAUAAUGCCAGUGGGCUUGCAGUUUCUUGUGGAUGCUUUCAUGGGUAACUUCUGGAUGGUCUUAGUUUCCAGUUUUUCCUACUGUGUGGGCUUAGGUUUUUUGUCAAUGUCAACGCCACCAGUCCUUACCGGGGCAACAGGCACUUGCAGCGCAUAUGAGCCCGAGUGCAUUGGCCAAGCACAAAAGGCCCUCUUUUUCACAGCGUUAGCCCUAAUAGCUGUGGGAGUUUGCGGUCACUUGACCUCCUUAGGGACGUUCAUUGCUGAGCAGUUCAUGCGCCCAGACGAAGACGCAGACUCAGACCUUGAGGAGGGCAGGCUCUUGCAAUUUUUCCUCAGCUGCUUAGCCUCCGUUAUGGCAAUCCUCGUCCCUAUAGCUGGAGUUUUUGCAGCUUAUUUUAUAAAGCCUUGGUCAAUUAGGUAUGGCAUCCCAGCCAUAUGUACCUUGGUAGCUCUACUUAUUUUCUUAACUGGUUCGCGCUCGUAUCACACUCCUAGAGGACAAGGCAGCCCUCUCACAACUCUGAUUAGGGUCUUUGUGGCCUCAGCCUCUAAAAUUUUCCAGAAAUGCCCGAGAGAUGCCUCUCAGCUCUAUGAGAGACAUGAUGUUGAUUAUUGCAUACCUCACACUAACCACCUCAGGUGCCUAGACAAGGCUGCCAUUUUAUCAGCCACCCAACCUCUAGAGCAACAACAAAAUAAUAGGUGGAGACUUUGCAGAGUCACAGAAGUGGAAGAAACCAAAAGCAUCCUAUGCAUGAUUCCUCUAUGCACAACCUUUAUCCUAUUGGGUGUUGUAACUUCAAUCGGAAAUACCUACUUCAUCGAGCAAGCAAUCCACAUGAACCGCAAAGUUGGGCGAAUAAAGGUUCCUCUUCCAUUGCUUCUAUGGUUCUAUGACCAAGCCAAACAAUUUUGUGGAAAACUCACACAACUUUUAGGACUAACAAGGUAUGGUCCCCCAAUUGGAAUUGGUGUAUCAAUGAUUUUUGCAAUUCUAUGUUGCAUCACGGCAGCGAAAGUGGAGACACGAAGGCUAGGCGUGGUUGCAAGCCAUGGUCUAAUUGACAAGCCGGAGGAAACAAUUUCCAUGACCAUAUUUUGGUUGCUUCCACAGUUUCUUCUCCUAGGAGGUGCUGAUGGGAUUGCAGAAAAUAGCAUUGCUUUGUUCUUCAUUAAUCAGGUUCCUCCGUCCAUGGCGCAGUACAUGGUUAUGUUUGCCAUUGCUGUUUUUGGAGCUGGGACAAUGGGCAGUACUUUGUCGGUUCAUUUAGUUGGUAAGAUAAGUGGAAGGGGAGGGAGAUCCAGUUGGUUUCAAGACACUUUGAACAAAAGUCGUUUGGAUAAUUACUAUUGGACCUUGGCUGCACUGGCUGCAGCUAAUCUUGUUUUCUAUAUUUUGAUGAGCUUUUGGUAUGCUUAUAACGAUUCGAAAUCGGAGGAGGAAGAAGAUUCUGGUGCAACUGGUCAGGAACUCGAAUUUCAAGUGGAGUGCUCCUGUUGCUGCAUAUAGAUUUUCGUAGGCACUGCCAUUACAAAAAUAAAAUUUUUGUAUCAUGUUCAAUCACUAAACAAAAAUAAGUUCAUAGGGUUGUAAUUUUCACACAG